AUGGCAUCCCCAAACGCACUCCUGCGAUGGUUCGCACUCCCUAUUGCAGGCGCCCUCGCCAUCGACGCCUCCAUGUACGAUGUCAAGGGCGGCUCUCGCGCCGUUAUAUUCGACCGAUUGACCGGAGUUCAGGAAAAAGUGGUUGGCGAAGGAACACACUUCCUCAUCCCCUGGCUGCAACGGAGCAUCAUUUUUGAUGUGCGCACAAAGCCCAGAAAUAUUUCGACAACGACUGGGUCCAAGGAUUUGCAGAUGGUGAGCUUGACGUUGCGAGUGUUGCAUCGUCCGGAGGUGCCGAAUUUGCCUAAGAUCUACCAAUCCUACGGAACAGAUUAUGACGAGCGUGUCCUCCCUUCCAUCGGAAACGAAGUCCUAAAAGCCAUCGUCGCCCAAUUCGAUGCCGCCGAACUCAUCACCCAGCGAGAAGCAGUCUCCAACCGCAUCCGAACAGACCUCAUGCGUCGCGCCGAACAAUUCAAUAUCGCCCUCGAAGACGUCUCCAUCACACACAUGACCUUCGGCAAGGAAUUUACGCGGGCUGUCGAACAGAAACAAAUCGCACAACAAGACGCUGAACGAGCACGAUUCAUCGUCGAACGUGCCGAGCAGGAACGUCAGGCAAACGUUAUCCGCGCCGAGGGUGAAGCCGAGAGUGCAGAGAUUAUUUCCAAGGCUGUUGCCAAAGCCGGUACUGGUUUGAUUGAGAUUCGACGAAUUGAGGCUAGUAAAGACAUUGCAGCUACGUUGGCAGGUAAUCCUAACGUUACUUAUUUGCCGGGUGGUGGUGAAGGGAAAGAGGGUAAAGGAACAAGUCUACUUUUGGGAUUGAGAUCUUGA